AUGGACCUCUUAGAAAAAGUCAAAAAGGUAUCUGAAAGCACAACCACUGAGGACCUUGAAAAGGUAAAGGCACCUCUGCUUGACUACUUGGCCAGUGCAGGAUGUCUGAGGCCUCUUCGGUCAAUGAGAGACAGGGAUCUGCUGGUACAAGACAUUGUCAUGUUUCAGGUCAUCCACAGGUUUCAAGAACCAUUCCAAAGGUAUUCAGUAAUUUUAACCAUCAACCAACACAGACUCCCCCUGUUCUGCUAUGAGCCAAGCACGCUGACUGCUGACCAGUUGGAUGAUCUUUUCACCAUUCGUCUGUCACCAGAAGGGAGCAACAAACGAGUUGUAGAGGAAGUGGUGAUUCCCUUUUGGAGAGACUAUCUUCAAGAUGCAGAAGAAGAAGAAGGACCAUCUAAACUACAGAAGAUAUUGGCCUUCGCCACUGGAGCAUCUGUUGUCCCUCCUAUUGGCUUUUCCCCAAGUCCAUCUGUUGAGUUCAUUCAUAAAGGAGAUGAUGAUUUCUCUUCUAUACCACUGUUCCCAAUGGCCAACACUUGUGUUAACUGUAUCAGGUUGCCACUCCAUGCAUCAUACCAACUCUUUAAGGAGAAGUUUGACUUUGCCCUAGGAAACACAUAUGGGUUUGUCAGAGCCUGA